AUGACUUCAAGAAUUACUCGCUCGCAGACUGGUAAUACACCACGAAGGGUUGAAAAACCAGGUUUCGUGCCAACCCCUGGUCGCAAACGUUCAAUGUCGCCUGUCAAGAGAAUCAAGAAGAUUUAUGAUAGCGAUGAGUCCUAUGAGAAGCCGGCUGCUCCAAACAAUGGCCACUGGCAUCACAAUGAGGCUAUCGAAGAUGAAAUCAGCGACAUCCCACCAGGAAUCAACGAUCGUAUCACACCGAUUCCUUCAACUAGCUUUGAUAUGAAGGCAGCUGGCAGUGUCGAGGCGAUCCACCCACACAGUGAUGAUGACACCGACCAUGUCGACUUCGGUGGCGCUCCAGGUGUCACGGCUAUGAUGAUUGGAUUUCCUCUUCUCAUGUGGUAUAUGUGGGUUGGUCAGGAAUACUAUGACGGGAAAUUUCCAACUCCGGAGAAGGGACAGUCUUUCAUUGAUUUUGGAAAACACUUGUUCGAGCUUGUUAAAGAGGGUGCGUAUCCAAGUGCCAAAGCCUUCGCCAUCUACUGGGUCUUUUUGAUCGCCCAAGGCAUCCUCUACGUCACCUUGCCAGGCGUUUAUUCCCAAGGCAAUGCUGUCCCAUCUCUUGGAGGUAACCGAUUGACAUACUUUUGCAACGCCUAUCUUACCUUCUGGUUCACCUGUGGAACUUUUGCCCUUCUUCACUACUUCGAUAUCUUCCCUCUACAGACUUUUAUUGAGGAGAUCGGGCCUAUCACAUCUGUCGCCAUUAUCUCUGGCUUCCUCGUUUCUAUUGGGGCUUACGUUUCAGCCCAUGCCAGAGGCGUCCAGCAUCGCAUGACGGGGUCGUUCCUCUACGAUUUCUUCAUGGGCGCUGAGCUAAACCCAAGACUUGGAAUCAUUGAUAUGAAAAUGUUCUUUGAGGUUCGCUUGCCAUGGUUCUUCUUGUUCCUUACUACCGCUAGCACAGCCGUCAAACAGCACCAAGAAUACGGCUAUGUUAGCCCUCAAGUUUGGUUCAUCCUUCUCGCCCACUUUUUGUAUACUAAUGCAUGCGCCAAGGGCGAGGAGUGUAUCGUUACCACCUGGGAUAUGUUCUAUGAAAAGUGGGGUUUCAUGUUGAUUUUCUGGAAUAUGGCCGGUGUCCCCUUCACCUACCAUCAUUGCACCCUUUGGUUGGCCAAGCACGACCCUGCCCAGUACAGCUGGUCGACUGGCUUCCAAGCCUCCCUUUUCGUCACACUAGUUUGCGCCUAUUUUAUUUGGGAUACCUGCAACAGUCAGAAGAACAACUUCCGUAGGCAGCAAGCCGGAACCUUUGUUGACUACAAGCGCUUUCCUGCUCUUCCGUGGAGAUACAUUCAAAAUCCAACUUUCAUCAAGUGCAAGAAUGGGGGCACUCUUUUAACUAGCGGAUGGUACCGAUGGGCUCGCAAGAUUCACUACACUGUUGACAUCAUCAUGGCUCUUACCUGGGGGUUUAACACUGGCUUCUCGUCGCCUUUCCCCUAUUUUUUCCCGGUUUUCUUCGUCUGUGUCAACAUCCAUAGAGCUACUCGCGAUAUCCAAAGAUGCAAAGCUAAAUACGGAGAUGACUGGGUUGAAUAUAGUAGGCAAUGCCCCUAUCUCUUCAUCCCUUAUGUUUGGUAA